AUGACCGACAUUGAUGAUAAGUUUGACCUUGAGCCUUACAAGAAGCUAAACGACAAAACGGUUUUGUGGAAGGUCGAAUUCAUGAACGAGAAUAGACUCAAAGUUCUGCUUCAAUCUCCAUUCUUAGACGCGAAGCUCAAGAAAGGCUUGCAAUCGAUGGUCAAAUACAACCGCGUUGGUUUGAACCUUUACCGAACGGAGUACGCUUAUUCUUCCCACUCGGUCGACGACAGUGGGCGUCUCUAUGCUCGAAGCAGGUCGCUUCAAAACUUGCCGGCAAAUGUUAAAAAAAAUCCACCUUUCCGCCAGUACCUUGCAAGUGGAGAAUACCAUGACAUCGAUCAAGCAAACUCCAUGCCUACCAUUUGGGCGCAUCUCUGUGCUUCACAUUCGAUUGUUUGUCCCAAUCUAGAUACUUACAUCAAUCAGCGUCCGACGAUUCUCCAAGAAAGAGGCAUCGACAAGCAGGUGGUUAUGGAGUACCUUACCUACGAACCUCGAAUGAUAGCAGACCCCUUCUUCCGACAGAUUCACGAUACACUUUACCGAACCUUGGUGCCGCUUCUAAAGGAGAAGUACAACCACAUCUGGGAGAAAGUCAUGAAAUCUCGCGAGGAUAAAGUUAAACGCAAUCGAGGCGGUAGUUUCCUCUGUCAAGUCGCCCACACUAUUGAAACUAAAAUCAGCCUCGCUGUUGACAAAUUCUUCACGAAUCGAGGUUGGUCUGUCGAUGUGCAUGUUUUUGACGGAGUGAUGAUUCGUAAACGACCUGAUACGAGCAUGACCCCCGAACUGCUAGAGGAAUGUAACAAAUACGUCUCCGACCAAACCGGAAUCGCUGGUGUGAAGCUCGUUGAAAAAAGCCUCGAUUUCGAAGCUCAUCCUCAAUUGCCGUUGCUCGCAAUCCCCCAAGAAGAUGUAAAUCCCGUUAAACCAGCAGAUGGCAAUGCAGUAGAUUUUCGUGACCUUAAGUGCAUCAAGGGUUGGGAGAACUUCGACUUCAGGCGUAUUUUUAGCCCGACUCACAAGAAUAGCGCGGAGUGGUACGUAGAACAACGCCACGCGUCAAUCAUGAAACAUUCGAGCGGGCUGUUGUUUAUACUCGGCAAAGACAAUAUUUGGAGGAAAUUUGACAGCGUGAAAGCGAGUGACCUCAAUUUGCAAAUCGCUGAUAACUUGAUUAGCAGCUUCGAGAAAUUGAUUGACGAUGCUACCAACGAACUUCAACAUGGUAAUGUCGACAUAUUGAAGGCCAAGCUCAAAACGUUUCGUCCCGAAGUCGAAGGCACCGCAUAUUCUGGAAGUGUCGCGUAUAAUGUCGAGCGACUUUGCAAAACCGACGACAAAUGCAUUGACCUGUUCCUCUCCAAACCUUACUUGCUGCCGUUCAACGAUGGGGUGUACGACUUGGUCAAGGGAGAAUUCCGACCUAUUGAACCCACAGAUUACAUUCUCUUCACUUGCGGAUAUAACUUCCCAAAAACGUCAAACAAAGAAAUCCGAAAGAAGAUUACCGACUUCUACACCUCCAUCUUCCAGACUGAGGAGCUCACCGAAUAUCGACUCGCUACAGUGGCGCGUUGCCUCUACGGAGAAAUCGUCGAAGAAAUCUUUGUGAUUCAGAAAGGCAAGGGACGAAACGGGAAAGGAGCUGAAACAACCCUUAUUCAAAAUGUUUUUGGUAACUUGUUCUACUGCCUCGAUAAGCGCAACUUCACUCGUGACCAGCAGGACGUGGACCGACCGAAUUCACAAGUGUACAAUCUCUUCGGUAAACGAUAUCUGACAACCAGUGAGACCAAUAAGAACGACCGCUUCCUCUCUGAGGUAUUCAAAGGAUUCUCGGGAAACGAUUAUAUCAGUGUGCGCACGCUUAACGGCAAACCUAUCACUUUCCGCGUCACAGGUUUGCUGAAUGUUCAAACCAACGAGGACCCUGUUUUUGAUAAAGUAGACGUGGCGUUGGGAAAGCGCACCCGUAUGCAGGAGUACCCCUUCACCUUCACAAACAUUGAGCUAAUGGAGACAGACGAUACCGAACUUGAUGCCAUGGAAAUUGAUGAAGACGAGAGCGAAUAUAAGGCAAUCGAGAAACAGGGUGACGAGAACUUGAAACGCGACUUCAAGUCUGAGGCGUACCGCGAUGAAGGAAUGCUUCUGCUGAUUUCGUUGUUUAGAGAGAUGUUCAUUCAAAGCGAUGGGUCCCUCAGCAUGAAGAUUGACGUCCCCGAUGAGGUGCUCGCAUUUACAAAGCAGAAUCUUGCUACAAGCCUUGCUGCUGCAAAAUGGCUCAAGUUCCAUUACAAGAUUACCGGCGAUUCUACAGAUGUUGUGAGGAAGAAAGAACUGUAUUGCGAAUACGCACAAUCCGUGUUUGACGUGAAGAAGAGGAUUGGCAAAACGCAAUUCUACAAGGAAUUAGAAGGGAUUCAAAUCAAAACCGGCAUCCGUAAUGGUUAUCAGGUGUAUGUAGGCUUGAAGAGAACGGCAAGGUCGAAUGAAGGUGACGAGUUCUUUGAUGUUUAA